AUGCCACUCAUGAAAUUGUGUCGAAAAAUUGUAAAUCUUGGGAUUAAGGUUACAUUUGUUAACGCUGAACAGGUACAUGAAAAAGUUAUUGCUACGAUGUCCGAGGAAGAUAAGGAGCAAAGCCACAUAGAACUACUCUCGAUUCCUGAUGGACUGCAAAUUGAGGAAGAUAGAAAAAAAGGGUUACUAGAAAGUCUUAGAAGAACGAUGCCGGCAAAUUUGACACGUUUGAUCGAGAAGAUUAACGGUGAAAGCAGUGAUGAAAAGAUCUGUUUCAUAGCUGAUACUACAUUAAUUGGAUGGAUACUCGACGUUCCCGAAAAGGUGGGAGCUGAGAGUGUAGCCUUUCAACCAGGUGCAACCGCAGACAUGGCCCUCGUUCUUCAAAUUCCAAAGCUUAUUCAACUAGGAAAUCUGGAUACUAAUGGAUCUAUCGUGAAAAAUGAAAUGAUCAACCUGUCCGGUGAAAUACCGCCAUGGCGAAACAGUGAACUGCCCUGGAGGGUCUCAAGUGACUUGAAGGCUCAAAAGAUGGUCUUUGAAUGCUGCCAGACUGCUCAACAAGCACUACAUAAGGCAAAGUGGCUGCUAUGCAAUACAUUUUAUGAACUCGAAUCAUCAGCUUGUAAUUUGAUCUCCAACAUCUGCCCCGUCGGCCCAUUGCUUAGUAGUAAUAGUUCUGCCAAUGGUGGGAGCAUUUGGGCAGAGGACACGACUUGUUUAAACUGGUUAGAUAAACAGUCAAUUGGCUCUGUGAUCUAUGUUUCAUUCGGAAGCUUAGCUGUUUUGUCUCAGGAACAAUUUCAAGAACUGGCUUUGGCUCUUGAACUUUGUGAUCGGUCCUUUCUAUGGGUUUUUAGAUCAAACUUUGCCAUCCCAAAUGGCUUUGAGCAAAGAAUUGGUUUGAGACUGAACCCUGAUGAGAAUGGACUCAGAUCAAGGCAAGAAAUUAAUACAAAAAUAGAAAUGUUGUUUUCUGACAACAGUAUUAAAGCCAAUGCUUUGAAAUUGAAGGAAGUGGCUCUCAGGAGCGUCACUCAGUCAGGAACUUGUCCUCAGAAGUUCGAAACAUUCGUUGAUUAUCUGAAAAAACGAAGAUGA